AGCUUAGGAGAGUUACUUUGGAAUAUACACCAGCACAGCGCGUUAAGAGCUACCAGUGGAGUUGUGUUUUUGGAAGGGCUGCUUUCACCAUGAGCGCCGCACAAACCUACGAGAAGAAGAUCUCUAGCAUUCUGACAGAUCUACCUGGAUCUAUGGGUUGCCAUCCAAGCUCCAAGGACUCCCCAACUCUGCCCGAGUCCUCCGUAACGGAUAUGGGCUACUACAACGGCCACCACGAGUACUACCAGGGUCAGGCGUACGGGCAGCCCAUCAACUCAUACCACCAUCAGUUUAACUUGAACGGGAUGGGGGCUGCCGGAGCCUACCCCACUAAAUCAGAAUAUCCAUACACGAACAGCUACAGACAGUAUGGACAUUACAACAGAGACCACCUCCAGGCUUCGCCUCCAAUCUCAGUUAAAGAGGAGCCAGAGCCAGAAGUACGAAUGGUGAACGGAAAACCAAAAAAGAUUCGCAAGCCAAGGACGAUCUACUCCAGCUACCAGCUCGCCGCUCUGCAGAGACGCUUCCAAAAGGCGCAGUACCUCGCGCUGCCCGAGAGAGCGGAGCUUGCAGCCCAGUUGGGCCUAACCCAGACACAGGUGAAGAUUUGGUUCCAGAACCGCCGGUCCAAGUUCAAGAAGCUGUACAAAAACGGCGAGGUUCCCCUGGAACACAGCCCCAAUGCCAGCGAUUCCAUGGCGUGUAACUCUCCCCCUUCUCCCGCUGUGUGGGACAGCAGCAGCAGCAGCACGCCCCAAAGCACCGCGCUGAGCCGAGCCCCCGUAGCGCCCCAGCCCACGCACAGCAGCCCUUCGCCGCCUUACAUGGAGGACUAUAGCAGCCACUGGUACCAACAGGGAUCCACGCACCUACAGCACCCAGGCACCGUGCACCACGCCGUGCCGCAGCAGAGUGUAGGGGCCGUAUACUGAGGGACUCAACAGAUAUGUGCUUUUGCCGUAGAGACUCUAAGAGGAAGCGGGACAAGCCUCAAACAUGAAACAUCGCCUUUGAUUUUGGAUCAUCUGGGCUCGUUGUUUCAGAACUGGGUUGAAAAGCACAUACGUGAUUUUGUUGCUCGUGGCAGCGUAUUUAAAGGACAAUGGCGUGGUUUAUUAAAUUAUUUAUCGCUUAUGUUCUGUUGUAUUCUUUUUUUAAGCAGUUUUACCAGUGUAUGAAAUUAAUUCAAGUCCUACAUAAGGGGUUGUGACGAGGCAUCAUAAAAACUCAGGUCUAUUUAUACUGUAUGGAUUUGUACAAAGAUAACGUCGAAGGUUGUAAAUAUGUGUUUAUAUGAGAACCACUAUGAUCUUAUUCGUUUGAGCACCGUGGUGCUUCCUUUUAUAUUCAUGUAAUUAGUCCACUUGUUGCCUUUCUGUCAACUGAAUAAAGCUGUUAAUUAGA